CCUGCGAGGGGCCGCGCCGGGGCCGCUGUCUGCCCGGGGCUCGGCCAGUCCCAGCUGUGUGCGACACGCCUCGGCCUUGUUUCCUGAACACCUGGGGCUGGCUUGGGGUGCGUGGAAGGAAAAGAAUAGAAAAUUAGAGCUAACUAGAGGAAGUGAACGUGAUGAGCUGAUCUUUGUCUCUAGCGAGAGUAAACCACGGCAGAGCGACGAUGGUGAAGGGGUAUGGAGGCUGCCUGACCUAGCUGUGCUUUUCUUUGACCAUUAGGAAAGUUCACGUGAGAAAGCCACCUGCCAGGUCCUUGUGACUGGACACCAUGCCUCUUCCAGAAACCAUGUUCUGUGCUCAGCAGAUCAAAAUACCUCCAGAGCUUCCUGAUAUUUUGAAGCAAUUUACUAAAGCUGCUAUUAGGACUCAGCCUUUUGAUGUUUUGCAGUGGGCAGCUGCGUAUUUUUCAGCCUUAUCUAAAGGUGAACCCCUUCCUGUGAAGGAGAGGCUCGAAAUGCCAUUAACAACAGGGAAAAAAGAUGCUGGUUUGACCCCAGGACUCCUUAAGGUCUUGCACAAACAGCUUUCCUCCAAAGGCAUGGUGACCAUUGCAGAACUGAGAGAAAAGUGGAAGCAUUUGGGCUUGCCAGAGGAGCAGCUGGAAGCUAUCCUGCAAUUGGACAGUUUUGGCGAGCAGGUGGAAUGGAUGAAGUUUCUGGCACUUGGGUGCAGCGUGCUUGGUGGGUCCUUACUGAGUUCAAUGAAACAGGCCUGUGAGAUCCUAACAAGAGACCCAGAAGGCGGCGCAGCUCGAAUUCCCUUUGAAACAUUCUCAUUCCUUUAUUCAUAUUUGGCCAGUAUUGAUGGAGAGAUAUCAGAGACGGAAACUAAUGUAUUCCUCGAUGGAAUUAGAGAACAAGCGGACAAAUACUCUGGCAUGGUGCUGAUCAGACACUUCCUGCCAUACUCCUUCAUAUUUUACUGAUCAACCCUACUCUUCAGCAUGAGGUGAGAGGAAAAACAAAAGAAGGAAUAAAUAAGUUCAAGAAAAUAAUUUGUGUUCAAAGUACCGUAAUUCGCACAUUUCAGAACAACAUGAUCCUCUUCUCUGGCAUUUCCUUUUCUUUGUCCUGCUCUUGAGAUGGCCCUUUGGGGGAUGUUCGUUCAAUAAUACAUGGUUAUAUUGUUCUCCAGCCUCUCCGAUACCGAUGGCCACCCCUAGGGAGCGACCCCUUCACCCAUCUGCUUAUAUUGAAUUGAGCAAAAGUUGUUUUGUUACCGAGCUUCCUACUUACAUUUGAUAAAUGAUUAAGUAAAACGUGGAAUUAAGCCAGGGCAGCUGUAACUGGAGCAUUUCUCAUUAUGCUUCUGGUAGCUCUGACUUCAUUUUGACUCUGGUACAAAUACAGCUGGUCCUUGGACUACCUUGUCUGCCUGGACAUGUGCUAUUUGAACUGUUUUACCAGGCCCUACUGAAACAACUUAAUGAGAACCCUGUGGCUGAGCUGGUAGACAAAACCAGUGCAAGGACUGCAGUGGUUCCAUAUUGUUUUCUCUCUAAUUAGAACCCUUUCAGAACUUAAAUACCUUUUUUCAUUUUUGGAUAAACUUGUCUAAAUAAAUGUUUUAAAAUGUAUCUUGUUUUCUGGCAGGUAAAGCUACUGCAUUUAUCACAUAUGUGAGGAAUAUAUGACAGAGAGUUGUUUGGUUAGCAGGUAUAGAAGCCCAAGUCCAUCAAAAGUAGACCAAAUAUUUAGUGACAGAUAAUCACACUUAAUUGCAGAAACAACUGAGGUAUGAGAGAGAGUACUAGAGGCUACAGUAAAACUGGAAAGAUUCCCUUUGACUGAGAAGGCCACAACCAGGAGCAACAUGAAGUGCCCUCUCUUGGCACAUUGAACAAACAGAAGUAUUUUAGGAAAGAUGGAUCUUGUUCUCUUAUAGUUGUUUACUUUGUUGAAUCAAGCUUGGCUGAUGGUGAUUGACCUUGCUGAAGUAGAUUGUGUGAGGAAUUAACAGAACUGUACAUACUUAUAUCUAUCUGCAUGUUUUAAGUCUGUUUUAUCAACCUCUAUAAAACAUUUGUAUGUUAGUCUUCCUAGUUACUGCUGGAAGGAAAUGCACCUGCUGUUUGAAUAUGGUACUCAGAAAUAUUCCAAGUGUCCUUGGUACCUCCUCCCUAGCUUCUGUGGAGACCUACAUUCUCAUCACCCUUUCCAGCUUGUACUGAUCUGAAUUUUCUUUGAGCAUGAGCCUGGGAACACUUAAAUUUUGUGUUAUUUCCAUUUAACACCAGCUGCAGUUGAAGAUGUUUUAUCCUGUUGGAGAACUCUGAAAUCUGCCCUCUGGUACAUGCUGUAAGUAGGCAAUGUCACCUAGAGGUAACAGUGUUAGGUAGGAGGGGGAGCUCUCUUCAUGCAUUCCCUGUGUGUAACUGAUCUGGGCUCCAGGGAUUAGCUCUGUUCUAUAUCCACUACUUAUGGGCCAGGAAGGCCAGAAAG